GUGAUAGACAUUGCAGUGCCCGGUUUUCGAGAGUUUGAUAAUAACUGUGUCUUGAAUUCUAGUUUCACGGACAAGAGAAAGGUCGAUAUAGUGGGCAGAUGGUUAAAUAGUAAACUUAACGAAUGUGUCUCAGUCAAAAUGACCGAUAUAUUAUGUAAAUGGCUCAAUGAUGAGCUGAAACUGUCGCAUAAAGUAGAUAAGAAUAAUUUCAGCAAGCACUUUGCAACUGGAUACUUGAUUGGAGAAGUGCUUCAGUGCUAUCAAUUACAGAAUGAUUUCAAUCUGUUCUCCCAAAGCCAAACUGCUGACUCUAAGCUCAACAAUUUUACACGGCUGGAGCCAACGCUUAAGUUGCUGGGGAUUCCAUUUGACACCAACAUCGCACGCUCAAUUAUGACGGAGCAACAUGGAUGGGCCACUCGUAUCCUUUACCAGCUUUUUAUUGCCCUCAACAAGAAGGAGGCGGCCAAGUUGACUGGUGUUGCUAUGGAAACCAUGAGGCCAAGUGCCCCUGUCAAGCUUGAAGCAAUGGAAAGGGGCCCUUAUAAGGAGCGCUUGAAAAUGAUGACACCAAGACAGAUAGAUCUAGAUUUGGACCAGCUGGUAGAUCGUUUCCGAGAGCGCAAGAAACAGCACCUUGAUGUAGAGUUCCGCACAAAGUUUGAGCAGGAAGAGAACCUACGGCAGUGGCAACAACAGCAGCGAAUGCAGGAAUUGCAAAAAGCGUCGGAUGCAAGGCAGAAGCAGACGGAAUUGGUUGCCAGGAUACGAGCUGCAAAGGUUGAGAUACCAAAGGUACCACCAAAUAAGACGUUGAAGGCCAUCGCAUUACGCAAGGAGAUGAAACGUUCACAAGAAGCCACUGAAACCAUGCAGGAAAUAUCUGCGUUUGAACAUCGUUUAUCCAACAUGCUUCCAACCACUGAACAAGAAGAUGACAGAGACAAUGAUGAAGAAGUUGAAAUGUAUUUGAAAAGAACAGCUGAGAUGCAAGUUGAGGAUAAGAUGGAAACUGUAAAGGGUCAGGCUUCAUCUAAUGAGGAAUACAUCAACAAGAUUCGCAAACGUCUCCAAGAAGACUCAGUGGCCAGGAAAGAACGAGAGAAGCGACGCCGUAAAGUUCUUGUUGACCAACUCAAAGCCCAUGAAGCUCAGGAAGUCGCUCGCCGUGAAGAGAUGCUUGUGAAUCGUCUUAUGCGUCAGUCGCAACAGGAAAAGCGUAUUGCAGUGCAGCUGAUGCAGCUACGCCAUGAGAAAUCCAUCAUCUGUCAAAACAGAAUACUCCGUGAGAAACAGUAUGAAGAGCGGAGGAUGAAAGAUUUUGAAGACGCUCUUAACAAAGAGGCUGAACUGGCCCGCUUAGCCAAGCUUGAGUACAUAGACAUGACAAAGAAGGAUCAAGAGCUACAUGAGAAAAUUAUGAAGGAGAGAGCAGAAGCCAAGUACAGUAAACGCUACAACAUCUGUAUGCAAAUCCUGCUGAGUAUUGUGGACUUCUCCAGCAACAUUGCCGAAUACAGGGAGCUCACUGAAAAAUUACUGCCAUCUAAACUCAUGAGAGAAUGGAAGACUUUGUUUAUUGAGGGAAAACCAAUGUACAAACCAAAUAUGGCCACUGAAGGUGAACAGCUUGAAGAAUCAUCUGAAGAGCAAAAGCUGGAAGAAGAUCGACAAGAGCUGUUGAAUGAGGGAGACUUCAUGGAAUAUAAGAAUAUGGUUGGUGAAUGGCAACCCUCGGAGGAUUCGGACAUAACCCCUCCUCAACCGAAUGCUGUGCUUGGACACAUUCUUGCAAGACUUUUCAACAUUGUUCAUCCCCCAACACCACCACCCGAGAUGCCCGAGAUGCCUUCAUUCCCUGUCAAAGCCUGUUUCCUUGGGAAGAACUUUGGAGGAAAGUCAGUCAUUGCAAGAAAAUUAAGUGAAAAGCAUGGACUGGAGGUUCUGAAUAUUGAGGAGUUGGUGAUUGAGGCAGUUGAUGCUUACAAAGCAGGUGAGAUCAAUGAAGAUCCAGAUCCAGCACUCCAACAAGAAGCAGAACCAAGUGCGGUAAAGUCUGUUCUGACACCCACCAACAGUGUCCAGGAAGUGAACAUUUUGCCACCAACGCCAAAGACAGGUUUGUCACAAGCAAGCAAUGAACAGCAAGACAGUAACAUCAAGGCGGAAGCAAUUAAAGACGAAGGCAAAGAAAAAGGAGAUGAAGAGAAAAAGGAUGAAGAAAAGAACAUUGAAUCUGAGAAAUCUGCUGACUCAUUAGAUGAAAAAAGUUCCAAAAUAUCAUUAAAUAAAAAAUCAAAGCUUAAUCUGACAGCUAGAGCUAAACUUGGACAGAAAGCUAACAAAUUCCUACGUAAAGGAUUGCCGGUGAAAGAUGACCUGAUUGUGGAGAUCAUGGUUGAGGCUAUCAAGAGACUACCAGAGACUCAAGGCUGGAUCAUGGAUGGUUUCCCAACAACACUUGCGCAAGCUAAGUUACUAGAGAAAGCACUCACUGGCUAUGAUGCUAAUGCUAAGCCUGUCAAAUCAAAGACAAAGCUAAGCCGCUUAGCUCCAGACCCCAACCCACCAAAGGACCCACCUCCACCUGUUAGUGGUAUAGAUAUUGUGCUGCAUUUUGAUGUACCUGACGAGGUUGCCCUCAAACGAGCUGCUGGUAGAACGUUUGCUUCUCAAGCGGAAGAGGAAUAUCAACAAGAGUUCAAGCCACCCCCAGAGGGCAGUGCUACUGGUGUUGGUAAGCAGGAAAAAGUGCUACCUGUAAAAGAUGCUGCUCAUGACCAGGAACAAAUACAACACAGGUUAACUGGUUUCCAAGACAACUGGAAGAAGUUGGAGAAAUGGUUCAGCAACUUUGGCUUGCUCCAAGUAGUAGAUGCCAGCGUUGAUAGAGAUGCUGCCCUCAAAACAGUUGAAGACCUUAUGUUGGACACGAAAGAUAAGAUUCAAGCAGCCAAAGAUGAGAUGGAGAAGGCGAUUGAGGAUGUCACUAAGGCUGCUCUCCAACCCCUUGACCAGUCAUCCACGCUACAUACGACAACCAGCGGCCCCGACUCUGCUGUAGCUCAACCCUCCGAGCUGACUGUUGAUGGACUUUCUGAUGAUAAGAACUCAGUUGGCUUAGUGUCCCCUAAAGUUGGAUCACGUCCAGGGUCUGGUAAACGUCCUGGCUCAGGAAAAUCUAAGAAAGGUGAAUCACCCAAACGAGGGCGCUCUCCAAAAGGUAGUAGAGGAGCUUCAAGAGGUGGCAGUCCGAAGAGAUCUCCGUCGUCCAGUAAAGAUGGAAAGAAAAGCAAAGCAGGUUCACCAAAGCGUGGUAAGUCAGGAAAGAAAUCUCCUAAGAGACGAACACCAACCCCAGAGCCUGAACCAGAACCAGAGCCACCGGUACAAACUGGUCCACCACCACCACAACCUGGUUCAGAGGAUUGGGUAUGGGUUGAUGAAACAAUUGAACAGGAACUUGCAGGUGCUUUAGUACCGUUUUGGGAAAACACCGAGGCAACAUAUAUAACUUCCAGUAAGCAUGUAUUCCGAUGCGUGCGGCAAGAGCGUGAAACUAUCUACCGUUAUUUCUACAAAAUCCGGCGAACAUUUGAGGAGUACCUACGACGGCCUGACACCAAGCAGGAAUUUGUAGCCAAUUGGCAGAAAGAAUAUAAUCAAAUAGCCGAAGAUAUGCGAGAUGAUGCAGAGACUAAGGCAGAGUUACACCAGCGUGUUGAGGAUCUGCGUGAACGUUUAUGGUCGAUAUCAGACAAUCGCAAGCUGGAUGCGGAACAAGAACGAGCCAGUGUAAUGGAGGAGGGAUGGCUUGAAGAUAAGCUAGGCCUACUCACCAAUCACUACUUAACACAGAUGCAGGCAGAAAUAGAUCGUUAUCAAGAAACUCUUCACAUGCUGAAAGAUUACUACCAAGGUAUGGAGGGCAAAACUCCUGAGGAGCCAAAGGUUACAGAGUUCAUACGCAUUCCAUUAAUUGACCUGCCGCACAUGGAUAGGCCAGGAUCAGCAGUAGCUGCAGAAUCAGUCAUUUCAUCACCUCCACCAACCACACCAGGUCCAGGAAAGGCACCAUUGUCAGCCAAGGGAAAGAAAAGCAAAGAACCAAUAGAUGAAGCUAAGGUUGAGGAGGGAGAUGCUACCAGAGAGAAGCCUAAGAUACCUCUGGUACCACGUCGACCAACCUCUUCAGAAGGUUUCUUCCCUAGCCAGACUCCAGCUGGUGGGAAAGCAGAUAAAGGGAGUAAAAGCAGAGCUGGCAAGAAAGAGAAAGAUAAGACUUCAGCACCUACAUCCCUAGAGGAGCCACAAGAGAGUCCUCUUCCUCCGACAGAUCCCGAUGAAAGGCUUAUUUUUGAAGCAUUACAGUUCGGCCUUUUCAAAAUCAGUGAAAUGUCUGCUGGCUAUACCUCAGUGCUGGUGACAUCAGCUGAGCUUGCUGCAAAAGAAACAGAAGAUGAAUUAGACAAGCAGAAAGACCCAGACAAGGAUAAGGACAAAGGAGGCAAGAAAAAACCAGACAAGAAAAGAAGCAAAAGUAAGUCACCUUCAGAUGCAAGGUCUAAGUCACCCAAGGGAAAGAAAUCACCGAAGAAGGGCAAGAAAGCUGCCACGCCAACUCCACCACCUACUCCACCACCAACUGAAGACACACCAGAGGAAAAGGCAAAGAAAGAGUUGAAGGAGAGAUUGAAACAAGAAUAUGUUGCAGCUAUCAAUCAUGAAGAGCAUGGGUUGAAGACUCGUUUAGAACUGAUAAAGUUGCAUGCCAUUGAGGUUCUCCAGGACUUGAAAUCAAAGGGUGAUUCUGCUUACAGUGACAUGAAUGACUGGCUUGGAGCCCGGUUCCUGACAGAGAUGAAAAGCAUUGACAUGAUGUGUGAUCUGUACCAUAAGGCCAUUGAAAAGAGAGAAAAGAUACAGAAAGAAUUGAUUCUCUAUCAGGAUGACUUCUUGGUCAAUAUGGAAGUGAAAAUUUUCCGCACCCCUAGCCCACCACCUAGGCCAUCCCCAAGAGAACAGCCACUACCAGACGUGUUCAGUGUAGAAGAGAUCAAGGUUCUGUUGGCACAGUUUCUUAAAUCUGCCCCAUCUGGAUUUAUCUCCAGCAAAGCUUUCAUAGACACAUUGUCGGACCUCACAGCACUCACUCAUGGCAUGGCAGCUUUACCUGAUUACUGGAUGGCAUUAACACCUGUACAGCUUGAGCACCUAGCGAGCAUCUUGUCACCAGACUCAGAGUACAUUGAUUGGAGAAACUUCCUGCUACAAACUGCUCAGCCAUGGCCUUAUCCUUCCCAGGCUCAGCUGCUAGAAACACUUCACAAGUACCAUGCGGUGGAUGUCGAAGGCACUGGAAGAAUCACCAGACAACAGUUUGAAGAAGUGGGAUUGUGGUAUGAGCCUGAACCUGUUAAUAGUACCCCAUCUAAUGACUCCAGUGCACCCUUACCUUAUGAUAGAGUUGGCCACAUCUUGACACUUAUGUUUGAUAUCUUCUCUGACUCAAGCUCAGCGCCACCAACGGUGGACUACGUGAACAUGCUUCUUUACUUUAGUGUGGCCCCUGAUUAUCAGAAUGGAUUCUUCCGUGCCCUGAGUGUUGCUGCAAACACUCACAUGCCUCGACCUAAGAGUGAUGAACUUGCAGCAGUAGAGUUAGAUAUGGUGAACCCACCAACAGUCAAAGAGAUUGCAAAGCUGAUGAGUCAGUCACGUGCAGGUGUGUAUGUGGGGCCACCAGAUGAAGACAUUCCAGAUACUGCCACUGAUUCGCUGGUACCACUUGAUGCUCUGGUUCAGGUUCUACACCAUGGCCAGCCUUCGCUUGGGGAUAGCCACAGAUUCAGUGUGACCUCCGACCCAGAAGACACUUUCUCUAGAGAGCGUCUGGCGGGAGUGUACCAAGAACUUGGUAGUGAGGACUUGGAGCCUGUGUUGUUCUACACACUAAUGGAGCAUCCAAUCAUCCAGGACUGUCUCUCCAUGUGCCAUCGUUUUAAAACACCUGAUAUCAAGAGCAUUUUGAUGCUUGGCAACCCAGUUGUUCAGUUGAAAGACAUAGACACCCAAAGUGUUAUGUCCUAGAGGCACACACAGAGUAUGAUUAAAUUAGUAAAUAUUCAUUAAGUGUCAGGUUGAAUAUUCAUGAGGUGGCAUUGAAUAUGUAUAGAUAUAGCUGAUUAUUAAAUAUUCAUAUAUUGGUAAUAAUUCGAUAUUUGUUGUAUUCAUUAAGAAUUAAUUAUCAAUAUGUUAAUUAAAUUUCACGCACAUAAAAGUCAUAAUUUAUAGAAUUAAUAUGAGCCUUAACUGAAGUAUUUGCUUUUGCUAUGGACUUGUUUGCAAUCUGUCAAUGUACAUUAGUCCAAAUCCGUCCAUAAUUAUUUUACAAAAAUACUUAAGAUUUAUUUAUGAAGACAAUAUUCAUUAUAGAAAAUUUAUAUUUUAAAUACAUAGUUUAAUUCAUUGUUAAUACUAAAAACUAAUAAUGUUAACAUGGUUACUGCUGGCAAAUUAAUUUGUUAUUCACAAGAUUCGUGAAUAAGAUAUGUUUUAAUAAAGUUUGAUUUUCCAACUGUAGCACCAACUUAAAGGUACUGCAGUUAUUACCAAUUUAUUUUAAGGAGGAGGAAUUUACAUGUUCAUAUAAUGACCCAGUAUAUAUUUAGAUAAAUAUAUAUAGGCCUAGUGCCUCCUGUACGUGACUUCCAAGUGAAAGAAAUAAACUGUACUCUACUGCUAGCUAAAACUUGAAUAGGCCUAAUUAUUGUUUUAUAACUAAGAUUAUUUCCCAUGUUUCUGAUUUGCAGUGAAAUAGAUUAAAGUGUUUUAAAUGAGAAUUACACAUUCUUUAACCUUUGUUAGGUACAUGGUUAUUGUUAAUAUCAUUAAAGAUACAUUGAACUGUA